AUGAAGUGCCUAAUACUUUUGUGCAUUUUCCUCCAUCUGUCUGAGGGGCAAGUAAGGGUCCCAUUGAAGAGACUGAAAUCCAUAAGAGAAACCAUGAGGGAUAAAGGAAUCCUCGAGGAUUUUGUGAAGACGCAUGUGAAAGAACCAGCUUUAAAAUACAAUUUAAAUAAUCAAAUCAACUAUGGAGUGGUUUAUGAGCCUAUGUACUUAAAUAACUAUUACUUUGGUGAGAUCAGCAUUGGGACACCACCUCAGAACUUUCUUGUUGCCUUUGAUACUGGUUCUUCAAAUCUCUGGGUUGCUUCUACAUACUGUCAAAGCCCAGCCUGCACCAAUCACCCACUCUUCAAUCCGACACAGUCAUCUACAUAUACCACCAAUAACCAACAGUUUGCUAUGUCCUAUGGGAGUGGCAGCAUGACUGGAGUUUUGGGUUAUGACACAGUCACAGUACAAGGUCUGUCUAUUCAAAGUCAGGAAUUUGGUCUGAGCGUCACAGAGCCGAGCAGCUUCUUUUAUUAUGCCAAAUUUGAUGGAAUUUUUGGAAUGGCCUAUCAAUCAAUGUCUGCAGGAGGAGCUACAACUGCUGUGCAGGGGCUAAUACAACAAAAUCUUAUUCCACAGCCAGUGUUCAGCUUCUAUCUUACCGAGCAAUCUGGGGAGGUGAUACUUGGGGGAGUGGACAGUAGCCUGUAUUCUGGUCAGAUCAUUUGGGCUCCUGUAACUCAACAGAUCUACUGGCAGAUUGCUAUCGAUGAGUUCUCUGUUAAUGGUCAGGCAAGUGGCUGGUGCAGCCAGGGUUGCCAGGGCAUUGUGGACACAGGAACCCCUCUUCUAACCAUCCCACAACAAUAUCUUGGCUACCUAUUACAAGAUAUUGGUGCCCAGGAAGGGCAAAAUGGAGAGUACUAUGUAAACUGCAACAACGUACAGAGUCUGCCGCCAAUCAGCUUUACUAUCAGUGGAGUCCAGUUCUCUAUUCCUCCUUCAGGAUACAUCUUACAGAUUAAUGGAUACUGCGUGGUUGGAUUUGAGUCCACAUACCUGCCUUCUAGGAACGGUCAGCCUCUUUGGAUUCUGGGAGAUGUGUUUCUUCGGCAAUACUAUUCAGUUUUUGACUUUGGUAAUAACCAAGUUGGUUUUGCCGCCAUGGCUUAA